AUGCCCAGGAGGACAUUCAUCACGGCAGAGGAGAAGAGACUACUGGGCCAUAAACCCACGAAGGACCGGUUAACUCUAGCCUUGUGUGCCAAUGCCAGCGGUGACUGUAAGGUCAAGCCACUGCUGGUGUACCACUCAGAAAACCCACGUGCUUUCAAGAGCCAAAGGAUCUUGAAAGAAAAAUUGCAAGUGAUGUGGCGUGCUAAUGCUAAGGCUUGGGUUACGCAGCAUUUCUUCACAGAAUGGGUUAAUCUGUGCUUUGGUCCGGCAGUCAAAAAAUAUUUGGCCGAGAAAAGCCUGCCAAUGAAAUGUCUCCUGGUCCUCGACAAUGCCCCCGGUCACCCUCCUGGUCUGGAAGAGGACAUUCUUGAUGAGUACAGGUUCAUCAAGGUCUGUUAUCUCCCGCCCAACACCAUGCCACUCCUCCAGCCCAUGGACCAACAAGGUGUCACACGAAGUACUCUUAAUUCAGCAUGGAAGAAAUUGUGGUCAGCUUCCGUCGCUGAGAGGGACUUUGAAGGGUUCGAUACGCCAGACCCUGAUGAACCUGAGCCUAUUGUGGUGGAUGAAAUCGUGUCUCUUGGAAAGUCCAUGGGGCUGGAGGUAGAUGAGGCAGACAUGAACGACCUUGUCGAGGAGCAUCAGGAAGAGCUCAUGACACAGGAAUUGAUCGAGCUCCAGAAGAUGCAACAUUCGGAGGUGUUGCAGGAGCUCAGUAGUGAAGAGGAGGUGGAAGAGGAGGACCGCCUUUCUACGAAGGAAAUCAGAGAGAUGUUAGCGAAGUGGCAGGAGUUUUCUGAUUUUAUGGAAAAGAGGCACCCGGACAAGUUGGGAUGGUCGUGCGUUAGCCUUUUGUGA